AUGGCUAACGAACGCAGUGUGUAUUCGUCCGGCCAGUUCAUGAACCCAGGUCCGGCGCCACGGCCCCCGACCGAUCGUCCUCGUCUCGCCCUCACGCCCAACAAUAACCUUCCCGGCAACAUGGCCAACAUGGCCAUUUCCCCCAUCAGGAGCACGGCGACCUCGACCUACACCGGCUCCACCAUCUCUCUCCCAAUCGCCCGCCAGCAAUCCAACCAGAAUGAUGGCCUGGGAGGCGUAGCCGUCAAGAAGGAGGGAUGGGCCUCGGUGAAGGAGUCCAAGAACUUCAUCAAUCCAUGGAAGCAGAAAUACCUUAUCCUGCGGAAAGAGUCGCUCGACUUUCACAAGACCGAGGGUGGCAAGGUCUCGUACACCCUCUACCUGAAGGACGUCGUCAACGUUGGUCGGGUCGAGGCCGCCGGCACCAUCUUCGAGAUUAAGAGAAACCCUAGCGGAUCGUCCAACAGCCCUGGCGAAGAUGACGGCCAGACCAAGACGCUACAGAUUCGCGUCAAGAGCGACGACGAUUUGUACGAAUGGAUUGAUCUCAUCUACGGCGCCUGCCCUGGAAUGGGCGGUGUCAGCAACCCCACAAACUUCUCCCACGCCGUCCACGUUGGCUUUGACCCCCAGACCGGCGAGUUCCUCCUCAACUCAUCGGCCAUCACAAAGGAGGACUACGAGCGUAACCCCCAGGCCGUCUUCGAGGUCCUUGACUUCUACUCGGACCUGACCAAGCGGGCUGAGAACCCCCAGCAAUACUCCAGCCUCACGCCUACACCCCCUGCCGGCAGCCAGCAGAACAAGCAGCUCGGCUAUAGCGGUGGCGGCUCUUCAGUCGCACCCCCCAGGCCUAUGCCGCCGUCGCAGGCUCAGCGUCAACCCAGCUACAACACGCAGCCCUCGUCGCAGGGCCAGCAACGGCGGCCGUACAACCCUUCAAGAGCAGCUCCCCCGGCGCCCAAGCCGUCACAGCAGCAACAGGUCAACGGACUUCGUGCGCAGCGCCCCGCGCCUUCACCGCCGACCGCCGGCGGUCCCAACCGUCCUCCCAUGACUUCGCAACAGAGCUCGAGCUCCAUGCGGGAUCCCAACCAAGCCCAACGCAUGCCCCGGCCGGACCAGCCGUCUAGCCAGCAGCAGCGCUAUCCCAACGGCAGCCCCCAACAGCCCAGACAGCCCCCUCAGGCGCAGGCCGCGCCACCGUCUCGCUUGCCCGCUCCUGUUAAGCCCUUGAAUGUGUCAAAGGCCCAGCCCUCGCCGCAGAGCGAUGCCGUCAAGGCCGCGGAAGCAGCUCUCACUGCCAAGCCGCCUGCGCAAGAACGUAAGCAGGAUGUGCGCAUGUCCACAAUGUCCGAGAGCGAAGUCAUGGCCAAGCUCAAGGAAGCCGUUUCCAAGGAUGACCCGAAUCUCUCCUACUCCAAGCAAAAGAAGAUUGGACAAGGUGCUUCGGGUUCCGUCUACGUUGCCAAGGUCAAGGAGGGCGCAGUUUCGCCCAUUGCUCGUGACGUCUUGCGUGCUCAGGGCAUCAAGGCUCAGGUUGCUAUCAAGCAGAUGGACCUCGCGCACCAGCCCAGGAAAGAGCUGAUCGUGAACGAGAUCAUGGUCAUGAAGGACAGCAGACAUCGCAACAUUGUCAACUUUUUGGACGCCUUCUUGCGCAACAACAACGCCGAGCUCUGGGUCGUCAUGGAGUACAUGGAGGGUGGUGCUCUGACGGAUGUCAUUGAUAACAACCCCAGCAUCACAGAGGAGCAGAUUUCCACAAUCUGCCUGGAAACGUGCCGUGGCCUGCAACAUCUACACUCCCAAAACAUUAUUCACCGUGAUAUCAAGAGUGACAACGUGCUUCUGGACGCUCGAGGAAACGUUAAGAUUACCUUAGCCGAUUUCGGAUUCUGUGCCAAGCUUACCGAGUCCAAGUCGAAGCGCGCGACGAUGGUCGGAACACCCUACUGGAUGGCGCCCGAGGUUGUUAAGCAGAAGGAGUACGGCCCCAAGGUCGAUAUCUGGUCACUGGGUAUCAUGGCUAUUGAGAUGAUCGAGUCUGAGCCGCCCUACCUGAACGAGGAGCCCCUCAAGGCCCUGUACCUGAUUGCCACCAACGGUACACCGCGCCUCAAGAAGCCCGAGAAGCUAAGCAAAGAGCUCAAGGCCUUCCUGUCGGUCUGCCUGUGCGUAGAUGUCAAGAGCAGAGCUUCUGCCGAUGAGCUUCUCCAGCACGACUUCCUGAAGCACGGAUGUCCGCUGGGCAGCCUGUCUGAGCUCCUUGCUUUCAAGAAGCACGCCAAAUAG